GGUUUGCUAGCUCAGGGACAAUUAAAAGUUAAGCCGUCCACUUUAACGGUCAAUUGUGCAUCGAACGUGGCCCGGAGCAGUUUAUCGCAAGAAAGCUUUCAAGAUUCACGAAUUUCAAGACAAAGUACCAUAUGCAGGAAUUUUCAAAAAAUUGUGAAAAGUGAAAAGUUUGUUUCAAUUAUUUUCUGAAAUUGAAAAUAAAUUACUAAAGGUGUAAAGAGAAUUUGUUUGCAAGUUAAAAAAUUAAUUAAUUUUUAAUUAACAUGUUGCUAUGGAAAGUAUGCUCAUUCAUUUGCUUGCUGUGUAUACAUUCUACAUUUCAAAUUGAGCUGGAUAAUAACUAUUUAAAUCACAAAUUAAGUGGCGUCAUUCAAUGGAAGUAUGAGAAGCGGCCGUUUUGUAAUGCUUUUACAGGUUGCGGCAAGAAACGGUCAUCUCUUCCACCUUAUCCCUUAUGGAAACGCGCCGAUAUUGAUGAAGCAAAAGCGUACAACAGCGAUGAUGUGGCCGAAGGACUAAGUGAUCUCAUCGAUAUAAAUGCUGAACCGGCUGUGGAAAAUGUACAAAAACAAAUUAUGUCCCAGGCUAAGAUAUUUGAAGCCAUUAAAGAGGCCAGCAAGGAAAUAUUCCGCCAGAAGAAUAGACAAAGAAUGAGGCAACUUGAAGAGAAUCAAGAUACAGUUGAAGGAGUUUAGGCAACAAAAAAGAAAAGGAAUGAAAAUGACAAGAACAAAAAGAUAUAGAAAGUGUUAACGCAUAUAGAAAAGAAGCUAUAGUAAUAAAAACUCUUUGAAAAAAGUAAUAAAACUAAAACUAAUAAAAAAAUUACAAAUGCAUGUAGCGUUACUACGCCU